ACACGAAAGAGAUCCUAAUAAAAACAGACAGUUAAUGUUAGAAGAGAAGUGAACGAAAUGGCAAAUACUCUAUCCAUGGCAGGAGUUAACCAUUCAAUCAUUUACAAAACCACACCCAUCUCUUCUUCUUCUUCUUCUCCUUCAUCUCAAGCUUCACCUCUUGGAUGGACAAACAAGUUUCAAUUCAACAAAAAUCAAUGGAUGGGUUCAUCAAAAUUCCCCUCCUUAAGAAGAACUAGUACCACCACCACCACAUUAGUUCAUGCUGGUUCUUCUAAGGCAGAUGAUUCUGCCCCUUCUGGGAUGUCUCUUGAGGACGCUUUAAAACUUUUGGGUGUAUCCGAAGGUGCUUCAUUUGAUGAAAUACUUCGUGCUAAGAAUUCAAUUCUAUCCACUUGUAAAGAUGACCAAGACGCUAUCGCCCAGGUAGAGGCUGCAUAUGAUAUGUUGCUUAUGCAGAGCCUAACGCAGCGUAGAGCUGGGAAAGUUUUAAGUAAUAGCAUUCGCUAUGCUGAUGCAAAGCCUGUUAAAGCUGUAUCAAGGAAUAGUUCAAUUCCCCAGUGGUUGCAGUCUAGGGUAAAAAAUUCGCCUGUUUCGGUUGAAACACCAACUAUGAAUGACUUGGGGGUUCAAGCUGGAGUGUAUGGAACUCUAAUGGCCUUACAGUAUUACAAUGGAAUCUCAACAUCUAACGCACCAGGGUCUACUGCGGCUGAUGUUCCUGGGCUAAUUUUAGCUGGCAGCUUUGGAGCUUCAUUAUAUUUCUUGACAAAGAAGAACUCUAAGCUUGGAAAGGCAACGCUAAUCACCAUCGGGGGACUUGUUGUGGGUGCAGUUGCUGGAUCGGCAAUUGAAAACUUUUUGCAAGUGGACAUAAUACCUUUUAUCGGCAUACGUUCUCCUGCUGUAAUUGUAAGCGAAAUCAUAGUGUUCUCUCAAUUUCUAGUUUCCCUUUAUUUAAGUUAGGUUCAGAUGAACACCUAUCAUAAUAACAUCAAUUCUGAAGCUGUAAUUAUUACUGUAACUGCUUGUUGGUGUAUUCUUUUUUUAGUCAUCAAGUGUAUAUGAAAGAAAUGUAUUAACCUAAAGAUUUAGCUUCAAAGAUGACAAAUGCAUACU